ACGGCAGCGCGGCCCGCGACCCGCAGCGUCCCCGAGCGCGGCUGCAGACGCCCCGGCAACGGCGCGCCACGCACGGCGCAGGCUCCGCGGCCCGAGCAGGCGCGUCAGCCGAGCUCGGCGGUGGCGCGGGCGGCGGGGACGCAGCUGCCCCCGCUUUGCGCCCGCCGCACCCCCAGAAGCCACCGCCGUCUGGGCCCCGCGCCGCCGCGUCCUCGCCUGGCGGCUGCGGGCGGGGGCGCCUCCGAUUGAUCUCCUGAAAUUUAACUUUCAAGAUGAAGUUUUUAUUGGCGAUUGCCUUUUUUAUUUUAAUUUCCUUGUGGGUUGAAGAAGCUUAUUCUAAAGAGAAGUCUUCAAAGAAAGGGAAGGGGAAAAAGAAGCAGUAUCUAUGCCCAUCCCAGCAGUCGGCAGAGGACCUUGCCCGCGUACCCGCCAACUCCACUAGCAAUAUCUUGAAUAGGCUAUUGGUCAGUUAUGAUCCCAGGAUAAGACCAAAUUUUAAAGGCAUUCCUGUUGAUGUUGUAGUCAACAUUUUUAUCAACAGUUUUGGAUCCAUUCAAGAGACAACAAUGGACUAUAGAGUUAACAUCUUCUUGAGACAAAAAUGGAACGAUCCCAGGUUGAAGCUCCCUAGUGAUUUUCGGGGCUCAGAUGCACUGACAGUGGAUCCCACGAUGUACAAGUGUCUGUGGAAACCUGACUUAUUUUUUGCAAAUGAAAAAAGUGCCAAUUUUCAUGAUGUGACCCAGGAAAAUAUCCUUCUAUUUAUUUUUCGUGAUGGAGAUGUUCUUGUCAGCAUGAGGUUAUCUAUUACUCUUUCCUGCCCUUUGGACUUGACCUUGUUUCCCAUGGAUACACAACGUUGCAAGAUGCAGCUGGAGAGCUUUGGCUACACAACUGAUGAUUUACGGUUUAUCUGGCAAUCAGGGGAUCCUGUUCAGUUAGAAAAAAUUGCAUUGCCUCAGUUUGAUAUUAAAAAGGAAGAUAUCGAAUAUGGUAACUGUACAAAAUAUUAUAAAGGCACUGGGUACUACACGUGUGUGGAAGUCAUCUUCACCCUGAGGAGACAGGUCGGGUUUUACAUGAUGGGUGUCUAUGCCCCCACCCUGCUGAUAGUGGUUCUCUCCUGGCUUUCCUUCUGGAUCAACCCGGACGCAAGCGCUGCCAGAGUGCCCCUGGGUAUCUUCUCAGUACUCAGCUUGGCCUCCGAGUGCACAACCCUUGCUGCUGAACUUCCCAAAGUAUCCUACGUGAAGGCCCUUGAUGUGUGGCUCAUUGCUUGUCUUCUCUUUGGGUUUGCUUCUCUGGUGGAGUAUGCUGUCGUGCAGGUGAUGUUGAAUAACCCCAAACGAGUCGAAGCAGAGAAAGCCAGAAUUGCAAAGGCUGAGCAGGCAGAUGGAAAAGGUGGAAAUGUAAAUGCUGCUAAAAAGAAUACUGUGAAUGGUACAGGGACUCCUGUUCACAUUAGCACUUUGCAGGUUGGAGAGACAAGAUGCAAAAAGGUUUGCACCUCUAAGUCUGACCUGAGGUCUAAUGACUUCAGCAUUGUUGGAAGCUUACCAAGAGAUUUCGAAUUAUCCAAUUAUGACUGCUAUGGAAAACCUAUUGAAGUCAACAAUGGGCUUGGGAAAUCUCAGGCAAAGAACAACAAGAAGCCGCCCCCUGCCAAACCUGUUAUUCCAACAGCAGCUAAGCGAAUUGAUCUUUACGCAAGAGCAUUGUUUCCUUUCUGCUUCUUGUUCUUCAAUGUUAUAUAUUGGUCUAUAUAUUUAUGAUAAAUCUUUUCCAUUUGUGUAAAAUAAAAUCCCAUGUCAUUGUGACCAACCUCAUUCAUAAUGCCAGUCUGAAAAAUUUUGCAUUUUCAUAGCAAUAUAUUGCAUUUUGGAUGCCAUGUGAUUGUAAUAAAAAUGUGGCACCUAACUUUCGAAUGGCAGCAUGAUCUUGUUACGUCUGUGCUCUACUGAUGAUGUAUAUAUGUAUAGCAAACAUAUUGCUUUAGGAAUAAAUGAAGGAUAAGCAUACUCCAUACAAUAAAAUCUAAACCGUUCUCUUCGGUUAGUGUAAAUUGCAAAUAUUUCACAUAAUUCUGAUAAUAAAAUGAUGUGCACGCUGGAUCCUGUUAUGAUGACCACUCUAAUGUAUGUAGUAUUUCAAAUUUCCUUCCUUGUAACUUUCAGAGAAAGCCAUCUUAUUCUUGUAUAAUUUUAGAUGGUACUAUCACAGAUUAAGCAAAAAUUAUAUUACAUGUUGUUUAAACUUUGUAAGUAGAAAUAUAUUAACUAUAAUUAUGUGGGCUCUGUGGAGAAAUAAAGUUCAAAAAGUUACUAGUUCAUAAAAUCAGCUCAUUUUAAAGUGUGUCUGUGUUGUCAAAAUGCCAGGUUAUAAAACACGGUAAGCAUUUUUGAAACAAAGGGACAUCUGGAUUUACAUAAAUUCAUACUGAAUUCUGGCUUCUGAUAAAAAUAAAGGAUAGAUACAUUGAUUAAAUGUUUCUGACAAAAGAAAUUCUAUUUAAUCCAUCUUAAAGCCUAAAUAUAUUUUCAUGGAUUUCAUUUUGUUGAUAUAGAAUAUACAAAAUCAUUGUGCCUUAAAGAGUCAUAAAUAUUUUAAAUUGGAAUAUAAUAAUGGAUAUAUGAUUCCACAUAAUUUUUAAGAAACUAAGAGGAAAAUACCCUAUUAUUAGAAGUAACGAGUUUGGAAAAAAAAAUCUUUGAAGGAUUUUAGCUUCUUUAUUUUAUUAAAAUGCUUACAUAUUUUAAAGUAAAACUAAAUUUUUUAAUUCAUUUCUUUUUUAUUUGAAUAAUUUCGGAUUUGUUAUAAAACAUUUAAAGAUUAAGUAUAUAAUGUCCUUGUCUAUGUUAGGCCUUCUAGUUGUAUUUUUGUUCUUGCUACAAGUCUAGAUUACUUAGAUUUAUUUACUUUGAUCUUCAGUUUGAAAGUAGGCAAUUUCUGGUCUAUAAGUGUCCUAUAUCCUAGUGGUAUCAACCCAAUGUACCUUUUUAUUUCUCCAUAGUUGAAAUUGGAAUUAUCAGUAAUUCAUAUAACACAAACAUAAGACCAAAUAAGUAUAUUUACAUUAUUUGGGGAGUUCUGUCGCAGAUGAGAGUUUAUAUGGUUAAUUCGACAAUAAAGUGUGUUUAAAUAUUGUUUAUGCAAA